AUGGAUAAAAUUUUGUUGUGGAGUCUUCUGUUGGCAAUUUCUGGUAGUCAAGCCUCCAGUCCCUUGGCCCAGGAUAAGACUGAAUUUGCAGUGGAUCUUUAUCAAGCUGUUUGUUCAUCUCACAAGAAGAAUGUCCUAUUCUCCCCUCUUGGAACCAAGGUGCUUCUUGGCAUGAUACAACUGGGAGCGAGAGGAAAAGCCCAGGAGCAGAUAAGACGUGCUUUAAAAACUGAGGAAGACUCAAUGGGAGAAGAAUUUUCUAUGCUGAAGUUAUUUUUCUCUGCUAUCUCAGAGAAAAAACAACAAUUUACAUUUAAUCUUGCCAAUGCCAUCUACCUUCAAGAAGGAUUCACUGUGAAAGAACAGUAUCUCCAUGGCAACCAACAUUUUUUUCAGAGUACCAUAAAGCUGGUGGAUUUUCAAGAUGCAAAGGCUUGUGCAGAUACAAUAAGUACCUGGGUAGAGAGCAGAACAGAUGGAAAAAUUAAAGACAUGUUUUCAGAACAAGAAUUUGGACCUCUGACCCGGCUUGUCCUAGUGAAUGCUAUUUAUUUUAAGGGGGAUUGGAAACAGAAAUUCAGAAAAGAAGAUACAGAACUGAUGAAUUUCACUAAGAGAGAUGGUGCAACAGUAAACAUUCCAAUGAUGAAGGCAUUUCUGAGAACAAGAUAUGGUUAUUUUUCUGAAGCAUCCAUGGGCUACCAAAUUUUGGAAUUACCUUUCAAAGGUGAUGACUUUAGCUUAAACAUCAUACUUCCUGCAGAAGGUAUAAACAUAGAAGAUAUAGAAAAGCAAAUUACUGCUCAUCAAAUCUGGAAAUGGUUCUCUGAGAUGCGAGAGGAAGAAGUGGAUAUAAGACUCCCUAGAUUCAAAAUAGAACACAAAUUAGACUUCAAAGGUGCCUUACAUUCCUUGAACAUAACGGAGAUAUUUAGUGGUGGCUGCGACCUUUCUGGAAUCACAGAUUCAUCUGAGCUGUAUGUUUCCAAAAUCAUACAGAAGGUUUUCUUUGAGAUAAAUGAAGAUGGAGGUGAGGCUGCAGCAUCAACAGGCAUGGACAUACCUAUGAUCAUGAGUUUGUCUCGAAACCAAUUUAUAGCAAACCGUCCAUUUCUCUUUAUUAUGAAGAAUAACCCUACAGAAUCAAUUCUGUUUAUGGGAAGGCUGAUGAAUCCUGACUCCGAAAAGAUGAGAGGAAGAGAUUUAGAUUCACUGUGAAUGAGAAUCCUGGAUUUAUAAUUCAGCUGAUUCAUGAAAAAAAUGUAGUUGAUUGGCAAAGUAUCAUCAUCUGGAAAAUGUGUGCUUUUUUCAGUCUUAAGCUAUCCUCAUAGUCAUCAGUAUUAAU